UUUCAAGAUGUAUUCAAAACAAGUAGAAGACUAUGUUGGCCAAGUUAUUCGACCAAGAGGCAUGAGUGAAGUUAAGGCUGUGAAGAAAGAGAGUGAUAUUGUGGCGCCGAGAUUAAUGAAAGGGAGGAGUUCUGAGAAGAAGAUGAAUCAGUUUAAGAUUAAGGGGGUGAGUAGUUUUGGAGAUGAGAGAGAAGUGAAAUUGUUUGAUGUGAUUCCGCAGAGUCCUGUUAAAAAAUCUGAGAAAUUAAUCAAGCCAAUUCUUCAAAAAAGCACAAGUAUACCAAAAUUAUACAUGAAAAAGCUUAAAAAGAAUCGUAAAAUAUCCCCUCGCCCACCUUUGCACACUCAAACAUCUCGCCAGCUUCUCACAUUCUCCAGUAGCAAUGUUGAUCUAAAUAUGAUCAGAGAAAAGAAUGAAGAUAUUCUUCCGAAGAAGACAAUUAACCCAAAUGAUUAUAAAUAAAAUUAUGAAAAAGAGGAAACCUAAAGCUAAUAACAAAUCAAUGGCGAUUCGGGACAAAACUCUCAAGAGAAUGAAAACUUCCAGAGCCAAAAUCAGGGCGAGCCAGAUACUUGUGAAGCAAAAUCUUGAGUAUACUCAAGUUCAAAAUAAUAUCAGAAUUAAGUCAUCAAGGAACCUUGAAGGAAGUCGCCAGAGCUCUGUGAAGACAAACCUGACCUUGAGCCAAAGUAGAUCAAUGGAGAAGAUGAACCAAUCUCUUCAGAAGAUAAGUUUUAAGAAUGAUAGCAUCCUAAUGAACUUCAAGCCAAGCGUGGUUAAAUAUACAGACAAGAACGGGAAGAAGGUAGCUCCUUCUCAGCCAUUACAGACGGAAAGACUGAAUGACCGAAUCAAGAUUUUGAACACAAAAAUGAGGUAUGUUCUGCAGCCAAACGAGGUGCUCAAUCCUAUGGAUCUACUACAUGGAACUACCCAUGUAGAAAUGAUCGAGGAGGAGCAGCUUUAUUUCAGGAUUUAUACCUUUGGAUAUAAACCUCCUCUGGUAAUCCACAAGAAACAUUGCAAGGGGAAGAUUCGGAUCUAUAUCUCCAGUGAGCAUUAUAAACCUAAAUAUGGCAAUGCAGAGGUUGUUUUUAGUGAACAUAAAUCAAAACUAUUGUUUUACCCAAAGAAAUGCAAGAAGCAUUGCGAACUUGAUAUCGAAAAUGUGUACAUUACAUUACACUCUCUCAGUGUCUCUUCUAUCGAUCUUGAAGUGUACUUUAAGUCAAGAGAUGAGUCUCGAGAGGAUUCUAAUGCCUUAGGAGGUCUUAUGUUUAAACCACUUAACAUUACAAUGGAGCAGAGGCACAGAGCGUUUAUAAAUGACUUAAUGGAUCAUCCUAAAAGAAGAAAAGAUUUCAUGGAAAAAUGCAAGGAUAUACGCAGAAGUAGGGUAGAAAGACUUAGAAAGAACAGAACUUUAGAGUAUAAAAUCUCCAACCAAUCUUACGAACAAAGAAGGAAAGAUGUUCUUCAGAAAAAGGAGCAAGAGUGGAAGUUAAAGCUGUUCACUGUCUUCAAGAAGGAAAUCAAGCAUGAUCUUCAGGCUAAGUUAUAAAAAUGAGCAGAAAUAAGAUCCUCCAGCAGCAAUACAGAAAUAAAUUCUGGGUCAGAUCGAUGUGCCUUAAUUCAUGCUUUACAGAGAUGUGGUCCAGAUUUGUUGAAGCAAGGGACCAAUGGAUCCACAAAAAUAGAAAACAUAUAGCAGCCAGAAGGAUUGGUAUUCACUGGAAACGAUAUAUGAUAAAGAAAGGAGAGAUUAUGUUUUACCGACAAGUUAUGCAUAUUCGACAUUCUUUUAAAUACAAGUUCAAUUCAAUCGUUCACAAACCUGACUUUUCAGGAACCGUUUUGUGGUCAUUUUAUGACUUCCUGAGGAAAUAAAGCAUGGAGGCAUGAGCUUAAAUCAAAAAUGAUAAAAUACAACUUAGCUGUGAUUUCGAUCCAAGAGCAUACAAAAGCAGUGGUUGAAGAGAGACUGCAUAAAGUAUUUAUUCUAAAGUACUACUGGAAGAAGGUCAGAGAGACUAUUGCCUUCUUGUAUAACCAUCCUAAGCAUCAAAAGAAGCUGAAGAAAACUGUUUUGGCAAAGAUACAUCUAGAUGAAACUGUAGAUAUGGACCAGCGGGUCAGAAAAUAUGUCAGAGAGUUUUCGUCCGCUUUGAAAGACAAGAGGAAGCAGUUCUUUGACUCUUGCUCUCAAAAUAAAGUCAAAGGCAUUUUAGCAAAAUUUGUGUAUAAUUUAGUACAAGUUAAGAAAGAAAAGAAUUCAUUACAUGAGAUUGAUAUGAUAGAUUUAUAUCUUGAAGAAGCAGUUGAGAAGCUAACACAGCCUUCAAAGAAAGUAAAGAGCUACCUUGGAAGUAUCAGACAAACACAGAAGAAUCUUAAUAAAGAUCUGUUGUCAUUGAAGACAAUAUCUAGCAAAAACUUCAUGGAGAAUUUUAAUAUUCCAGAAAGAUUGACAUUAGACCUACAGAAAAAGAAGGCUCAUUCUGUAGUAACCAGGGAUAGAAGACGAACAACUCUAAAUAAUUCUUUAAUGCUGCCUCCAGAUAUGAGGAACAGUCUUUUCCAAAAUGCUGACCAGAUGGACCCUCUAGAUGAAAAUUCUAUUGUAAAUACAAUCCUAGGAAAUCUUGGCGAGGACAUUAAAAUCCUGAAUGAGCAAGACUACUUACCUGAUUUCAGAAAAAUGCUAGCUCUCAUGCUACCGGAGGAUGACAUACCAGCCACUAAGAGAAGUCCUGUUAGGAAGAAGCCCCAGAGUCUUGUCAGGAAAUAA